UCAGUAUACCACGCGCCAUUUAAUUCAAAUGCAGAAAAGCCCGCUCGCACCUCUGCGGUGACGUCACGGACCAGCCAGCCAAUCAGCUCAGGCCAAGUCUCAGCUGGGGGCCAAUGUACCAGUGUCAAACCGUUGGCUUCUCGACUCGGCAAACCGGUCUCACCUCAGUGUGUAGUUAACUGCUCGACGUGGCCGUACGUUGAUGGGUGUGGGUUACUUUGUAGAGUCGUUUGUGUACGUGUCGCACUGACGGCGGCUUGAUAACUUCUCGUCGCAGUGAAACUAGUCCGUUAACAUCAACCAAGCCCAAAACACGUUGUUCACGAUGAAGCGUUCGGCUCUUCUGUUCCUUUUGGUUUUCUGCCUAGUUUGGGAUCUAAGGUUUAGCAAGGGGGAUGAGACCAAAUAUGACCCGACUAGAGUGGAAGAGGAUAUUGGAAAAAUUAAGGAGGGAUCCCGAACGGAUGCAGAAGUUAUAGCUAGAGAAGAGGAAGCUAUCAAAGUUGAUUCAUUAUCCGUAGCGCAACUAAAAGAGAUCCGGGAAAAAGCACAAAAGCACGCUUUCCAGGCGGAAGUGGCGCGUAUGAUGAAACUCAUUAUCAACUCUCUCUACCGUAAUAAGGAAGUUUUCUUGAGAGAAUUAAUUUCGAACGCCUCCGAUGCGUUAGACAAGAUCCGCCUUCUAUCGCUGACCGAUCCCGACGCACUUAAGAAGUUACAGGAUCUUAGUAUUAGAAUUAUGGCCGACAAAGAGAAUAACGUAUUGCACAUAACGGAUACGGGUAUCGGGAUGACGAAAGAAGAUCUUAUGAAGAAUCUUGGUACCAUCGCUAAAUCAGGAACGGCAGAAUUCCUUCAGAAGGUCUCUGAAGGUAACAGUGGCAGCUCCGGAAAAGACCUCAACGAUCUCAUUGGUCAGUUCGGCGUUGGUUUCUACUCUGCUUUUCUAGUCGCAGAUCGCGUUGCUGUCGCUUCCAAACACAAUGACGAUCCUAUCCAGCACGUAUGGGAAUCGAACGCUGCAGAAUUUUCGGUAGCCGAUGAUCCUCGUGGAGACACACUCAAACGGGGUACAACUGUCUCCUUGUACAUGAAGGACGAGGCUAAGGAUUUCCUCGAACAUGACACUUUGAAGAAGCUGAUUGAAAAGUAUUCGCAGUUCAUAAACUUCAAUAUCUACCUCUGGUCAUCGAAGACCGUCACGGAGGAAGUUACCGAAUCCGAAGAUGAAAAACCAGCCGAAGAGGCCCCGGCAGAUGAUGAUGAGGCCAAGGUGGAGGAUGCGAAGGAGCCUUUGAAAACUAAGAAGGUUGAUAAAACUGUCUGGGACUGGGAGCUCAUCAACUCAGCAAAGCCGAUCUGGACCCGUAAGGAAAAGGAGGUCAGUGACGAAGAAUACAAUGAGUUCUACAAGGCGGUCACCCGCGAUAGCCAGAAUCCUCUCGCUAAAACUCACUUCACUGCUGAGGGCGAACUUACAUUUAAAAGUUUGCUUUUCGUUCCUUCAAAACAGCCACAAGACUCAUUCAACAGGUAUGGGCAGAAGACCGACCACAUUAAACUAUACGUGAGACGCGUGUUUAUCACCGAUGACUUCCAGGAUAUGCUACCGAACUAUCUGUCUUUCCUGCGUGGAGUGGUUGACUCAGAUGAUUUGCCUCUAAACGUUUCUCGGGAAAAUCUUCAGCAACAUAAAUUGCUCAAGGUUAUCAAGAAGAAACUCGUUCGUAAAGCACUGGAGAUGUUCCGUAAGAUUUCGGAAGAGGAAUACGUGAAAUUCUGGAAGGAGUACUCAACGAACAUCAAACUCGGAGUGAUCGAAGACUCGGCUAACAGAUCUCGUCUCGCCAAAUUGCUGCGCUUCCCAUCGUCUUUGGAUAGCUCUACAGAUAAACUCGUAUCCUUGGGCGACUACGUUCAGCGCAUGAAGGAAAAGCAAACAGCUAUAUACUAUAUUGCCGGCAACGGUAUGGAUGAGGUUAAGAAGUCGCCGUUCGUCGAGCGUCUGCUGAAGCGUGGCUACGAGGUUCUGUAUCUUACGGAGCCAGUUGAUGAGUACGCUAUUUCGUCCCUUACUGAGUUUGAAGGCAAAAAGUUCCAGAAUGUGGCCAAGGAAGGCCUAUCUCUAGAUGACAACAAAGAUAUCCGUGAAGCGAUGGAGAAAGAAUUCGAACCUCUUACUAAAUGGCUUUCAGAAACUGCACUUAAAGAUAAAAUCUCGAAGGCCGUUAUCUCGGAGCGUCUCGUGGAGACUCCGAUGGCUCUUGUAGCCUCGCAGUUCGGAUGGACCGGCAAUAUGGAACGAAUUGUCGCUGCGCAAACUCAUAUGAAGGAAAAUGACCCCCAGAAGAGUUUCUACAUGACACAGAAGAAGACACUUGAGAUUAACCCACGUCACCCACUCAUCAAGGAGCUCCUCCGUCGUGUCGAUGACUCGCCUUCGGAUGAGAUGGCGAAGUAUCUAACCGAAAUGAUGUUCGAAACUGCUACGCUACGAUCAGGCUUUCAGCUUAAUGACAACGCGCAGUUUGCUUCCAACGUAGAACGAAUGCUUCGGAAAAUGAUGGGCGUUUCCGAAGACGCUCAAGUCGAUGCCGAACUCGAAGAGGCCGAACUGCCUGAAGUGAACCCCUCGGAUAAGGACGAGGACAUCGAGAGUGAAGAGCCCCAUGAUGAGUUGUAAGUGGAAACUGAGCAUUAUGACGAAUGCGUUCUUAACAUCGGAACUGACCAUGAUGACAAACGCGUAAUCAACAGCUGAUAACCAACGACGAGACCUUAACUAAGUAUAACGAACUUGCUUAGUCAACGAAUUUGCCCAGUAUUCUCAGCUAGAUAGAUUUUUGCAACGCUAGAAAUCUAGUUUAGUAGGGCAAGCUUUAGGUUCGUCAGCUACGGGACAACGGUUUUUUUAAUUCUAAACAAAGAGAAUUCGCGAGGAAGAGACGUGGUGUGAGCGUGACAUGCGCAAUCGAGAGAAUUUCUUUCGAAUGGAUGUCUUGUGCGAGACGUUAUGUACAAAUAAGUUAUUUCAUUGUAUGAGACCAAGGAACCGGGUAGAUGUCGUAGAUACCUAGGAACACAAUAAUUACGGAGAAAACACACCACAGACACGCUAAAGUGUACUUUAAAUGAGCGAAAAAUAUGAAAAAAAUAAAGUA